UUAUCUGAAUCUUUUUGGAAUUCCAAGCAAUGUGAAUUCAAAAUGCACCAAGUAAUACAUAAUGGUGGACAGAAGAUUAUUCCAGUUGUGCUGGAUGACUGUGCCAUUCCGAUUGAAAUCAGCCACAUUACUCCAUUGGACGCCAGGAAUGAAACAUUUCUAGAGCGAUUUCUGUUGGCAAUUUUCACAGAUUCAAGUCAGAAAAGCAAAACGACAUUUCCGAGUACGAAUCUUUCUAAAAGAAGACCCUUGAGUCACCCACAAAGCAGAAGUAAGACCAUUAUGUACAGAAAAUCGUUGCCAGGUCCAAUUUUACAGCCAGCGCCGUUCAUUAAGUUGACAGGGAACAUUGGAUUGUCAGUCGUAAAGACUCAUAGGGACAGUACAUCCAUAUUUUAUUGGAUGGUUGACAAACUAAGAGAAGAGAAAGAUACUUUCCCACAGACAAUUAUUUAUUGUUCAUUAGCUUUUUAUCAUUAUUUCAAAGAGGAGUAUUCCCAGUUAGUUUUUUAUAUUCGAAUGUACUAUAGGGAAACUGGCAGUAUUGUACAAGAAUCGCAUCCAAAAGAAAUAGCUGAAGUGUCCAACUAA